UCUGUUCGGGAAUCCAGAAUUAUAAGUGACGUGUUUUCAAAGUUGAAAAUUGAUCCAAAUUUAUUUGGAAUUAUUCGCCCAUAAUUGGACAUGAGCACCGCGUUCGUUCGCGCAAGACAAGAGGAAGAGUUGUGUCAAGGUAAUAAACACGAAAAAAAAAUCCAGAACUGUCACUUGACAGCUGUUGACGUCUGAAGGAAAGGUAGCACAGAAAUGUUUAGCAAACGUAUAUCACCCUAAUGGACGAAUAUUCACAGCUGGAAAAAAAGCUUGAUAAAUAAUUUCAUUCGAAUAUACUUGAAUAACGUCAGAAAAAAUAUGCCGAGAUCGAAUGUCAAGUAUGAGAUCGCAAACCAGGAUGCAGAUACGCCUGAUUUUUUCCUACACCAUGUACCAGAAUUCAAAAACGCAACAAAAAAACACAUCCCUUUUUGGUGGAAUAUUUUGCUGACACUUAUCUUAAUUCUAAUAUAUUUUGUACUAUCUGUUGGGCUCAGUUUUUACCAGCAAUGGUUACUUAGAACGCGGGGUUUUCAUUAUCCAUUGAGUGUUGCGAUUUGUCACCUGUAUGUAAAGUUCCUAUUAUCGUGGUUUGUGCGAACUAUAAUAGAGUGUCGCCAUGGGCAUAAGAGAGUUAGAUUAUCAUGGCACAAUAUGGUAAUGUCCAUGGGUCCACCAGGUAUUGCAAGUGGACUUGAUAUAGGUUUUUCAAAUUGGGCACUUGAGCUGCUCACUAUGUCACUGUAUACAAUGACCAAGUCGACAACUGUAAUUUUUAUUCUUGGAUUUGCACUUUUAUUCAAACUGGAAAGAAAGUCAUGCUCUUUGAUGAGUACAGUCGUUAUGAUAUCUGGAGGACUAGCCAUGUUCACUUACAAAGCAACAGAGAUGAACAUUCUUGGAUUCUUUUUAGCUCUUUUGGCAUCAUUUUCAAGCGGUCUUCGUUGGACCAUGGCACAACUUAUUAUACAGAAGUCCAAGCUUGGCCUUGGAAAUCCUGUAGAUAUGAUGUAUCAUAUGCAGCCUUGGAUGUUAUUGUCUCUCGUUCCAAUGGCCUUAUGGUUUGAGGGUUCGAAAGUCUGGAAUGGUUUGGGGGGUACAGAUUGGACAGACACCCAUGCAGUCUGGGUUAUAGUCAUUGCUAUACUCGGAGGCGCGGUGAUAGCAUUCUGCAUGGAGCUUGCUGAGUAUAUGGUUGUCACGCGUACGUCUAGUCUGACUUUAUCAAUAUCUGGAAUAUUUAAGGAAAUAUGCACAUUAACCCUAGCCUUUGUAUGGAAGGGAGAUAAAAUGAGUGGCCUUAACUUUGUGGGUCUACUGAUGUGCCUUGGCGGAAUAAUCCUGCAUGCUAUACAAAAAGUAUUGACGACCAAAAAAGAAGCAAAUGAAGAUCUUGAGCUAAAUUCUAACUCUGGACUCAGUAAUGGCACCAAAUCUGACGAUGGAUUUGAUACGAAUUUGCCACUUCUAACGCCUCAAAAAUCUACAUCACUUACUAAUUUACUUAAUGAAAACUUUAGCUCGGAUGACGAGGAGGGCAAAGGCGAAGAGAACUCGUCACAAGUUCUCUUCAACAUCCUACAACGCAGGGAACAGUAAUCUUCACCAAUAAUGAAACAUAAUAAUAAAGCAUAAUAUUACCAGAAUAGGCAUUUUAUAUCCCUACAACAGACAUUAACAUUUUCAAAUACAUUCCCCCCCAUUAUGCUCACCAGAACCCACUAGGUUUGAUCGCACUGAUUCGAGGGAUAUGAACACUAUCACUAAUCAACCAUCGCAUACCUAACGAAAUAAGGCUUAUGAGAUGUGGAAAACAUUCUUAGUGCACAGUGUUUGAUUUUUGUCUAUUUCGCAUAUGAAUGGGAAUCAUUGCUGUGUAUUUUAUUUCUAUAAAUCAUUCUAAAAUAUUGGAUAUUUUGAUAAAUUAUUAUUAAUUUUUUAUGUCUACGAAAUACUUAAGUUAUAUUAUUUUGUAUCGUAAGACCUAGCAUUUAUUUUUCUCCUGCAACAUUAUUGCACAGUAUGACUGUAAAUUAUUUAUUUUAUUAACCUUGAUCGGUACAAAUACGUAUUUCAUUCUGAUUUACUUCCUAAUUGAUGUUCCCUAGUUUCUGGUGAAACAUUCCACGUCGAUCAGAGUAUUAAUGAUUGUCGUAUUAGCACGGCGAUUGAUAUUGGUAAAUUAUCAAUCGACUCCAUUAAGCGGGAAUGUACAGUAAUAGGUUAUUUAACCAUUUAAUACGUGUAUAGUUCGGUUUUAAUAUAAAAAUGCAUAAUAUUAGAUAGAUAAAUAUCGCAGGGAUUAUCGAGUUGAGUGCGAAAAUCCUGCAACAUUCCAAUCUAAUAUUAGCGAUAUAUAGUCUUACGCGGUGUGGUGAGCUUUUGAUGUAAGUCUUCGCAACCAGAUUGUGAAAUCAAUAAUAUUAUUAUCAUUCAUUUUUAAAGCAAAGGAAACAUUAGUCGAAACUCUGAAAAACGAGAAUAUUUUUUUAAGUACAAACAAAUGUGCACUGUGUAGCUUUGUAAAAAGAUGUAAUUAUACAUAAGCUGCGUGACUACUGUAUUUCAGGUUUUUUAAUGUGCUUUCAUUACUUUUAUCUUUUAUAAAAAUAAUAAGAAAAAUAAAUAAACUUCGUUCUAGCA